GCUGCCGGGGCUACUGCUGAGUGUGAGGGGAGGGGCGCGGGCAGCGGCACCAUGGCCCAGGCCGUGUGGGGCUACGACAGCGACAACGGACCCGAGCGCUGGCAUGAAAACUACCCCCUGGCCAAGGGAGACAAGCAGUCGCCCAUUGAGAUCAACAGCAAGGACGUGAAGCACGACAGUUCUCUCUCCUCUUGGCACGCCAGUUACGAUCCUGGGGCAGCGAAAACCAUCCUAAACAACGGGCGCACCUGCCGAGUCGUCUUUGAUGACACUUUUGAUCGAUCAGUGCUGAGAGGUGGGCCGCUCACAGGAGCCUACAGACUGCGUCAGCUUCACCUGCACUGGGGUUCCUCUGAUGACCAUGGCUCUGAACAUGUUAUAGAUGGGGUGAAAUAUGCAGCAGAGUUACAUAUGGUGCACUGGAAUCCAAAACACGGUAAUUUUGCUGGAGCUUUAAAACAACCUGAUGGUGUGGCUGUUGUGGGCAUUUUUCUGAAAGUUGGAAAUACUCCCAAACCAGAGAUGAAGAGAAUUCUUGAAGAAAUUGAUAACAUUAAGACCAAGGGGAAAGAGGCUCCUUUUCAGCACUUUGAUCCUUCAAUUCUUUUCCCCAAAUCUCGGGACUACUGGACCUACCAUGGUUCUUUCACUACACCCCCCUGUGAGGAGUGCAUCACCUGGAUUCUCUUGAGGGAGCCGAUUGAAGUCAGCGCAGAUCAGAUGGCAAAGCUCCGUAGCCUUUCUAAGAAUCCUGAGAACGAACCUAUGAACCCACUAGUUGAUAACUGGCGCCCACCUCAGCCUGUGAAGGGCAGGAUAGUGAGAGCCUCAUUCAAGUGAAGUCUCAAGGCCCACUCUACUCAACCUGAGUGGGAAAACCCCUGCAUCCCAAAGUGUAGUUAGUUUUUCCUGUCUACUGCUUUUCCUCUGGAUCCAGAUCUGUUUCUCAGCUUGAAAUUCUGAAUGGUAAAACUGAUCCUGAUUUUGAAAGCAGAAAAAAUACUGUAAGCAAAUGCCAGCCUUAAUAAGGAAGUGCAAGAUAUACGUGAUUCUUGACCACAAAUGCUGAGGCAUUUUUGAUAGUGUCACUUCUCUGCCAUGUGGUCUUGGAAGAACAAUGGGCUCAGUUUCGAUACCUGAAAUUAACUUCAAAGAAAAUGUAGUAAAGGCAGAAAAAUGAACCAGUAGUUCAGAAAAAUAACAGUGGAUGAACAGGAAGAAAAAUGCUUGCUCCUUACAGCAUCUCUCGUAGCAAUCUUCCUCAGAUAUCCCACCUCUAGUGUGAACAUCCAAAGGGUAAUUUCCUCUUGAACAUACCAGAUUUCCCCUUCCCUCUCCUGUUGACAGUUUGUAAUCCAAGAUCACAUUAGUAUUCUGAUACAGUCAGGCAUAUUCAGCUUCUGUGUGUGCAAAAGGAAAGACACCUUGCUGUCAUUUCAACAUUUACUGUCUGUCAUGUCCUGCUGCUGCCCAUUGAUCUUUUCUUCUUUCACUGCUGCUGUUACUCCAUUCAUCCAGCUGUAGAGUGCUGCUGCUGUCUUGGUGCCUUGUAUUCAGUUACAUCUUUAGUAUUGCUGAGGGGAAAGUGUCUUUUUUCUGAUGCUCUGUGUUACUUCCCAGGAUGAUGAUUUUUUAGUUUUGAUGCUGUACCUGUUUUUUUUUUAUUUUUGACAUUUUGGGAUAUAUAUUAAUGAUCUCACCUAUUGGGGAUUUUGUUGCAUAUGGAAAGGUCUUUGUGGAUGACUUGCAUUUCAUCUGACUUCCCCAGUACUGAAAAAUCCAGGUUAACUCACCUCAGUGUUUGUUUAUUGUGGCUGUAGUUAGAGACUCUUAAGUGGAGUCUGUUAACUUUCUGGGGAGACCCAUCAGCUUUUAUAUAUGAUCUGAGCAAGGAGUCAAUCACUGUCAGACAGAAACUUCUAAAUCAUCUCCCCUUGUUCUUCAUCAUGUAAACUUUAUCACUGCAGCAUGCUUCCUAAAGAGCAGAACACAAGUACCAUAUAGCUUGAACCCAUGUGCAGACUAUGCAAGUAAAGAUCUGUUACAUUAUAUUUGUGUUAUUAUUUGGUAUUAUACAUACGGGAGAUUGGGUGGCCAAAGCUGGUCCAUAAAGCCUCCUGCAAAUGAAGCUCUGGGAUUCUCUGUAUUCUUCUAGCUCAUCAGGUGGCAGAAAAGUGCGUUCUUUGGGAGAUGUUUGCCACAAAUAUGUUCAUAACAUUUUUAAGGGAUAUGUCAAAGUCUGAAAAAAGCAGGGUUACAAAUUACUAAGUAGGCAUUUUCCAGUUCUCCUUCAGUAUUGCACUUUGCACCAUUACUAGAAAAAUGGUGCUCCCAGAGGGAAGAACUGAACGGGUAACAUGGGGGAAAUUUUGCUGUUAUUGCCAGCACAAUUCAGUGAGAAUUCAGGAAUGAAACUGAGAGCAGUGUUUGAUCUUUUUUAUUCUUGUAGACAUGUUCAAAAAAUUGCUUAAUUCCCACAGAGAGAUAUUAUUUCAGUUUAUUAGAAGUGCAUUUUACUCAGUAUGAAUCGGUUUCAUUUUAAAAAUGAAGUUCGUGUCAUCAGGAACUAUUUAUUGAAUCCUUUCUGCAAAUGUUUUGGCAUUGGCUUAAUCUUAUCAGAAGAUCAGCUUUUGAUAUGGCAAGUGUACCACUUGCAACAGUAUUGAUUUUAAGAGUCUUAGAUCUUCUUUAAACUCCCAAAUCUGCACGUCUUUUCAACACAUAAAUAUGUUUCUACAGAAAGCUCAUGAGCAACAGUUUUUUUACUGUACUGUGUCUUACAUGUAAAAUUUCUUCUCAUAUCCAUAUGCAGUUGAUCUUGGUAUUGAGAAAAUUUCAACACAAAUAACUGAGACAAAAGUUUGAACCUUUCCACCUAACAGCCACUGGCUGUGAUGUUUUAAUCUCUUGUUAUUGGGGCAAUAAAACAAGAUAACAGCUUUUAAAAUAACAGCUUUUGUGUCUUCAGAGAAUCAAUAAAUUUACUUAAAAAAGUAAAUUUACUCAUAAAAAGUAAAUUUUACUCAUAAAAAUUUAUUUCUAGUUGUAUUUCUGAUGCUGAAUGAUGAUUAAAAGUAAGCAUAGUAGAAAAUUCUUUGAUACAUGUGCUUGUAAUACAAGAGUGGACAGGCGCUAUUUUACCUGUUGGAGUUUAGUUUAAUAUCUUAUCCUGGAUACUGCAUCUCAAAAAUAUGAGACAUCAGAACAGUAUCACUUGUUGUCUCUUUUCAGGUACAAAAAAAGAGUGUUUAUUUCUUGCCUGAACACAAAUAUUCUCUUACAUCUUCCCCAAAUUCAUACAUUCAUGUCUGAUCAUGAAUACCACUCACUUGUAUAUGAAUUUCUGUUUCUUGCAAGAAGCACAUGGAUCAGUUAGUUGAAGUGUUGCAUUAUUCUGAAAUUUCCUUGUUAAUACAUACUUUUUAAGCACACAAAAUAAACUUGUUAAAGUGAAAUGAUAUCUUACUUGUUCACAAAAUCAAAUACUGAGUAUGCUUUGCUUUAUUGCAUGGUUUCUCUACUGUCUUUGAAAGGCAGAAUAGGCAGAAAUUUACCAACUAUUGAUGUAGUAGUUUCGGUUUCAGCAGGAAACACAUGCUUUGUACACUGGCACAAAGCAGUACAGUCUGAAAUUUAUAUUCUCUCAUGCAUUUGCUCUGGAUCCAUUCUGUCUUCAAACUAUAACCACACAAAAAAACCAUCAGCCUCAUUGUAAAUAUGCUUUAAACUUCCUCACUUGAAGAAUAAAGCAUACACGGUUUUGUUCCA